ACUUGUGCGCCAACAUGAAUGCAUCAACAAGUUUGAGGGUGCGCCUUCCAGCCUUCGUCUUCGUGAUGGAGGGGGUCAUGAUAGCACUCUAUGCUGUCUUUGUCACUUACGAUGACAAUGCCAAUGCCAAAAUGCAGACUAAUGAGACCAAUCCAAUGGACAACUCCUUGUAUCGUGACUACCCCUUCUUUGCAGAUGUGCAGAUGAUGAUCUUCAUAGGCUUUGGUUGCCUGCUGGCCUUCUUCCGCUUCUACGGCUUCAGUGGAAUGGUCUUCAACUUUCUCACGGCUACAUUUUCAAUCCAGUGGGCCAUCCUGAUGCAAGGUUACUUCCAGUUUUACCAUAAUGGUAAAAUUCACUUGGGCGUGGUCAACCUGGUGAACGCAGAGUUUGCCUGCGCUGUCGUGCUCAUCUCCUUCGGAGCUGUUAUAGGGAAGACCAGCCCAAUUCAACUUUUGGUCAUGUCUUUGCUGGAGAUCCCAAUAUUUUCUGUGACAGAGUGGGCCGUACUGAAAUACAUCAAGAUCAAUGAUGCAGGUGGAAGUAUUCUUAUCCAUCUAUUUGCUUGUUAUUUUGGUCUAGGGGUGACAUUUGUGCUGUACCGCCCAGGUCUGAAGGAAGGACAUGCUAGAGAGACCACUAGUUAUAACUCUGACAUCCUGUCUGUGAUGGGGACCCUUUUCCUCUGGGUGUUCUGGCCGUCAUUCAAUUCAGCUCUUACGCUGAAAGGUGACGACCAGCACAGAGCAGUACUCCACACCUUCAUAGGUCUAAGCUCAUCCACUAUCACUGCCUUUGCACUUUCUGCGUUAUUCAACAAACGAGGAAAGCUCACAAUGGCUGACAUUCAGAAUGUGACUCUGGCGGGUGGUGUGACUGUCGGGGCUACUGUGGACAUGAUGAUUUCCCCAGUAGCUGCAUAUGCGCUGGGCAUCAUGGGCUGCACUGCCUGUUUCUUUGGUUACAGGUACCUGACCCCUUUUCUGGCCCGACGCCUGAGAAUCCAGGACCAAUGUGGCAUUCACAAUCUCCAUGGACUCACUGGCCUGAUAUCAUCCACAGCAGGGAUCUGCGCCAUCCUCCUGGCCACCGAAGACACCUACGGACCGAGUAUGUAUCAAAUCUUUGCCCAUCGGGCUCCCCCCGAGGGAGACCCAAGGCUGGCUGAACUGCAGAUGCUGGUUCCCGGGCUGAAGCCGGGCCUCGGCCGCUCCGCGCAGGAACAAGCGCUCUGGCAGGUUGCAGCUAUUUUCUCCACCAUCGCAGCCUCUGCAGUUGGCGGGGUGCUCACCGGACUGGUCCUGAGGUUGUCCUUCUUGGCGUCACCAUCAGAUGAGGACUGCUUUGACGAUGAGCUUUUCUUUGACAUGCCCUCUGACUUUGACAGUGUAGAGCUGCUCAAGACCAAUCCAAGCGGUGAAGAAAAAAACAUGAACACAAAAGUCUGAGGUUUAAUUAAGUUUGCUUGCACUGACAACUGAUGUAAAUAUGAUUUUUACAGAGUGAAUUUAUUGUCAUAAGAAAAAUGUGUGGAUAUUUGUACUGUAAUGUUAGCAGUGGUGCAAAAAUAAAACUGAUCAUUCUCCCUAUUUAAAAAAAAAGGACAUAUGUAGUGUCAUCAUUAAAAUAAUUUGUUGGAGUUGUAUGUACACUGUCUAUGUCAAACAUGUGGCUGCUGUGUUGUGUUGUAGUAAAGCUGCAUAACAACAUUUAACAGCACACAAAAGGACACAAUAUAACUGUUUCAAAAGUGUAAUAUAUCAGUAUUUUAACAGAUCAAACAGAUUUAUC